CACACCCACAGACACAGAGAGAGAGAGAGAAAGAGAGAGAGAGAGAGUAUAUGAGAUGAAGAACAUGGCUUGGAGUUAGAGGUCAUCAUCACAUCACCCUCUCCUUCACAGCUCUCUCUUCUUCUUCUUCUUCCCCACAAAACAUCCAAACAUCCUCUGAUCUUCUGUUUCUGUGUGUCUUCCUUCCUUCCUUCCUGGGUUACCUUUCAUGGGACUCCAUUUCAUGUUGGGCUAUUAACAGAAGAUCAAGUUCCAGAAAGAAGCGACACAUAUACAUGGUGGCUGCAGUCUCGAAAACAAGUUUGGGUCGACACCCAAGUGGAUAAAGAUUGAAUCUUUUUGUCUGGAAAAGGAGGCGAUUCUUGCAUAUAUUUAGCAAAGAAAAAGCAUCUAUGUUAUGUAUGGCUGGGCAAGGCGAAGAGAAAACCAGGUCGGCUAUGGUGACAACAACCGGAUAUUGGUACGCUGAUGCUCCAACCAAUCCUCAGAUUCAUCAAAUACAGCAAAACUUUGAGCCCAAUCCGGAGAUCUAUAAUUUAACCACUGGGAUGGAGAUGAUAGGGUGGAAGAGUUUCUUUAACAAAGGCGCCGCCGCCGCCGCCUGCGGCGGCGGCGGCGGCGGGGGGCCGUCGUCUUCCAAGACGGGUCUUUCCGGCGAGCCAUCCACGAGCCAUGAGUUUUACCAUCAAGAUUUCAGUACUACUAGCGACACCAUGAUGGGCGGAGCGCCGCCGCCGCCUGGCGGCGCCGGCGGCGGGGCGUGGGUGGAGGAUGAUCCGUCUCUAAGAUGCGUGUUUCCUUGCGAGGGAAACGAGAGGCCGAGCCAGGGGCUUUCGCUGUCUCUCAGCUCCUCUAAUCCUUCUGCGAUUGGGUUACAGUCUUUUGAGCUGAGACACCAUGAGAAUGAUCUGAGGGCUCCUAUGAUGCAGCAUGAUGGGUUCCUGGGAAAAGCUGUUUCGAAUCUGAACCACCCAUCAGAAACCGGCUAUUUCCAGAUCAGAAACUCAAAGUAUUUGGGGCCUGCCCAGGACCUCUUAAAUGAGUUUUGUUGCCUGGGAACUUCUGCAGAUAAUAGCAAUCAUCAUUCUGCCAAAAUGAAGCUCCAGAAGACCAGUCAAUGGCAGGAUGAGAACAGUGCAUCUGCAGCUUCUUCUUCCAAAAAGCCCUCUUUGGGUUCCCUUGACCUCCUUGAAUUGCAGAAGAGAAAAACCAAGCUCCUUCAAAUGCUUGAAGAGGUUGACAGAAGAUACAAGCACUAUUGCGAUCAAAUGAAGGCGGUGGUCUCCUCCUUCGAGGCGGUGGCCGGAAACGGGGCGGCCACCGUGUACUCCGCCUUGGCUUCCAAGGCGAUGUCGAGGCAUUUUAGGUGCCUCAAAGACGGGAUCGUGGCCCAAAUCAAGGCCAUCAAGAAGGCCACGAGCGAGAAGGACACGGUGGCGCCCGGCACCACCAAAGGAGAAACGCCGCGGCUUAGAGCCCUCGAUCAAGCCCUCCGGCAACAAAGGGCUUUCCAGCAAAUGACCAUGAUGGAAAGCCACCCAUGGCGCCCCCAACGCGGCCUGCCGGAGCGAUCCGUCUCCGUUCUCCGGGCUUGGCUCUUCGAGCACUUUCUCCACCCGUACCCCAGUGAUGUGGAUAAACAUAUUUUAGCUCGCCAAACUGGUCUUUCAAGAAGCCAGGUGUCUAAUUGGUUCAUCAAUGCAAGGGUGAGGCUAUGGAAGCCUAUGGUGGAGGAGAUGUAUGUGGAAGAAACAAAGGAACAAGAGAAUCUCCUUGCCACGUCGGACGACAAUGGGGAAGGCGCCGGGCGGAACCUCCAGAAUCCUAGGAACGACACGGAGGAUCAGAAGCCAAACCUCGUACGCAUAGACUCCGAGUGCAUCUCCUCCAUCAUCAACAACCACCCCGCCGCCGCCGACGAUAAGAACAACGCCAGCGAUCAACCCAGAGGCGGCGGCGAGGAUGAUCACCACCACCAACACCACCUUCAUCAUCAACAGGCGGCGUUUCAAAUCUUCGGGGCCCGAGGCGGCGGUGGGGACCACCAAUUUGGGCCGGUGGGGAUGGACUUCUCGUCCUACUCCGGCGGAGCCGCCUUCAGCUACGCCGCAGUGGGUGGUGGCAGCGGAGGGAAAAGCGGCGGCGGCGGCGGCGGCGGCGUGUCGUUGACGCUGGGACUGCAACAGCAAGGGGGAAACGGAGGAAUGGGUUUGGCGGCGGCGGCGGCGAGUUCAUCGUCUCUCUUCUACCCUAGAGACCAAAUUGAAGAUUGCCAAACAGUCCCUUAUUCACUUCUGGACAGUGAAGGUCAGAACUUGCCAUAUAGGAACUUGAUGGGUGCACAGUUGCUCCAUGAUUUGGCCGGUUAGAGUAUCAACGAAUUAAACAACUUCGAUCAAAACCUAAAAUUAGGCUCCAAAAAUUCAUUAAAGAAGUUGAUUUUAUGCUGCUCUACCUUUCUAUCAUCUUUGUUAUACUUCUUUAAUUAUAUAUUACUAUAUGAAUGGGGUAUAAUAGUACAGUGAUUAAAGAAAAUGGGGAUUUACAUAUAUACAUAAUACAUUGGGGUUAGAUGUAUGUAUACAAUAUAAUAUAUAUUUGCAUUAUAUUGCUUCCACGGCUGGUAAUUUUGAAUGCUUUAA